AUGGUCAACUUCACCGUCGAGGAGAUCCGUCAAUUGAUGGACCGUCCGGCCAACAUCCGGAAUAUGUCCGUCAUUGCUCACGUCGAUCACGGCAAAUCCACUUUGACCGACUCUCUGGUCCAGCGUGCUGGUAUUAUCUCCGCUGCAAAGGCUGGUGAGGCCCGUUUCACAGACACUCGUCAGGACGAGCAGGAUCGCUGUAUCACCAUCAAGUCUACCGCCAUCUCCCUCUAUGCCCACCUACCGGAUCCGGACGAUCUCAAGGAUAUCCCCCAAAAAGUGGACGGAAAUGAAUUCUUGAUCAACUUGAUCGAUUCCCCCGGCCACGUUGACUUCUCUUCCGAGGUCACUGCCGCCCUGCGUGUCACUGACGGUGCUCUCGUUGUCGUCGACUGUGUCUCUGGCGUCUGUGUCCAGACCGAGACUGUCCUCCGACAGGCCCUUGGUGAGCGUAUCAAGCCCGUCUGUAUCAUCAACAAGGUGGACCGUGCCCUCCUUGAGCUGCAAGUUACCAAGGAAGAUUUGUACCAGUCAUUCUCGAGAACAAUCGAGUCCGUCAACGUUAUUAUCGCGACCUACUUCGACAAGGCACUUGGUGAUGUCCAGGUCUACCCUUACAAGGGAACUGUUGCUUUCGGGUCUGGUCUUCAUGGAUGGGCUUUCACUGUGAGGCAGUUCGCUGUCAAGUAUGCCAAGAAAUUCGGUGUUGACCGUAACAAGAUGAUGGAGCGUCUCUGGGGCGAUAACUACUUCAACCCCAAGACCAAGAAGUGGACCAAGGUUGGUGAACUCGAUGGCAAGCCUCUUGAGCGUGCUUUCUGCCAGUUCAUCCUCGACCCCAUCUUCAAGAUCUUCAAUGCUAUCACCCAUGCCAAGAAGGAGGAGUCUCUACUGGGCUCGUCGAGAAGCUUGAUAUUAAGCUUACCUAUCCGCUCCGUCGAAGUCAAGAAUGCCAACGACUUGCCCAAGCUUGUCGAAGGUCUCAAACGUCUGUCCAAGUCUGAUCCGUGCGUCCUGACGUACAUAUCCGAGUCUGACCCUGUCGUUUCCUACCGUGAGACUGUCGGUAGUACCUCCAGCAUAACCGCUCUCUCCAAGUCCCCCAACAAACACAACCGUCUAUACAUGACCGCACAGCCCUUAGAGGAGGAUGUCUCCCGUGACAUCGAGAACGGCAAGAUCGGCCCGCGCGAUGAUUUCAAAGCCCGUGCCCGUAUCCUCGCCGAUGAGCACGGCUGGGACGUCACUGACGCCCGCAAAAUCUGGUGUUUCGGCCCCGACACCACUGGCGCCAACUUGCUCGUCGACCAAACCAAAGCUGUUCAAUAUCUCAACGAAAUCAAGGACUCCGUCGUCUCCGGCUUCCAAUGGGCAACUCGCGAGGGUCCCAUUGCUGACGAACCAAUGCGCUCCGUCCGCUUCAACAUUCUCGAUGUCACCUUACAUGCUGACGCUAUCCACCGCGGCGGUGGACAGAUCAUCCCCACCGCACGCCGUGUCCUGUACGCAGCAACUCUCCUCGCAGAACCAGGAAUUCUCGAACCCGUCUUCCUGGUCGAGAUCCAAGUACCCGAACAGGCUAUGGGUGGCAUCUACGGCGUCCUCACUCGGCGCCGUGGCCACGUGUUCUUCGAAGAGCAAAGACCGGGCACCCCGCUGUUCACAGUCAAAGCAUACCUGCCCGUCAACGAAUCGUUCGGCUUCCCUGCGGACUUGCGCAGUGCGACUGGUGGACAAGCGUUCCCGCAAUCCGUCUUCGAUCACUGGCAGAUCUUGCCUGGUGGGUCUCCGUUGGAUGUUACCACGAAGCCUGGACAGGUUGUUACCGAGAUGCGGAAGAGGAAGGGUAUUAAGGAGAUUGUUCCUGGUGUUGAGAAUUAUUACGACAAAUUGUAA